AUGGUUCGACAGGCGCGCAAGUGCGAGGUCGAUUGGUUGCGCCGGCAGGAGGUGUACGAGAAGCGGCCACUGCAGGAGUGCAGGAAAGUCACAGGGACCAAUCCUAUCAAGCUGUUGUGGACAGUCACAAACAAGGGCGACAACGUACGUCCCAACUACAGGUCGCGGAUCGUUGUCCGGGAGAAGAGAGGCAAAGGCGAGGAAGGCCGGGCGCUGCCGGCAGCCUUGCUCUUCUCUGCGAUGCCACCGCUGGAGGCGGUGAAAAUCCUCAGUGCCAGGAUGGUCCAGGAAAGGGUAAGUUCCAGAGGGCAGCCUCUCGGAAUGAGAUUCUUCGACGUUUCCCGUGCACACUUCUAUGGCAAGGCGGAGAGGCCUGUGUACAUAGAGCUCCCGGAGCAGGAGCAAGACGGAAUCCAUUGUGGAUUAUUGAAGAAGUCCAUGUAUGGGACUCAAGACGCGUCAGCAAUCUGUCAGUGGGACUACACAGGAGUGCUAGAGAGUGAUGGUCAUGUGGCGGGCAAAGCCAAUCCAGCGCUCUUCUACAACAGUCGGGAUGACUGCCGCUCGUUGGUACACGGAGAUGACUUUUGCGCACUAGGUGGCGUCGCGGCGCUGGACCAGAUCGAGAAGGCGCUCAGAUCCAAGUGUGAUCUGAAGGUGACGGGAAACCUCAAGUUGGGCACAGGAGAGGAGCAGGAGGUGAUCUUCUUGAACAGGGUGCUCAGGGUCGCGGGCAGCCCCGGCGACGAGAGGUUCGAGAUCGAAGCAGACCCGCGACGCGCAGAGAUGAUCGCGAAGGAGCUUGGUUUAGGAGGAAGUUCUGCGAAGUCCCUGGACACGCCGGGACUCAAGAAGGAGGAAGCAGACGAGCAGGAGCGAGAGUCAUCACCUCUUCUCGUAGGUGAGGAGGUGAAACGCUACAGGGGCGUCACCAUGCGAGCUGCAUAUAUUUCGCCUGAUCGAGCUGAUCUCGGUGAUGCAGUCAAUAAUCUAGCGAAGUGCAUGCAGUCUCCACGGCAGGUGGACAUGGUUCGGCUAAAGAGGCUAGGAAGGUAUCUGAAAGGUCGCCCGCGGGUGGUUCAGACGUACAGGCGGGAUCUGAGAAUCACGGCUGGCGAACCUGUCAACAUCCUCGUCAUGGUUGAUUCAGACAACGCAGGGGACAAGAUAUCGCGAAGGUCCACAGUCGGACAAGUGGCCACUGAACUUCGCUACUGCGCGCUUCGCUACACUAAGCUUGGGCGGAUCGCCACGCUCCGCUACCUUGAGGCGUGCUGUGGCCUCGUCCUGCUUGAGUACCAAGCCGCUGGGCGCCUCGCCGUGGAGGCAGCGGGCGGGUGGGUGUGGGGCGGUUGGUAUAUGGGCGAUGGCCAGGUCCUUCUCCCGAUGGCCCACGUGGCUGCCUACCUCAAGGCGUUCGACGCUGCCCUGGCCGCAUGCGGCGGGACUACUCGGUUGGCCCCUGACUCGACGCUCAAGAGCGUGGCGCGUUUGGUCGUCGGCGGCGCGGCGGCUAGGAGAGGUCUUGGACUCAUUGCCGGAGCCGUGGCGCGGGGCUUUAUUGGCGCAUUUGGAUUCCACCUCCGGCGCGUUGGCGGCGUGGCAGGCGGAGCUCCCGGCUUCGACUGCAGAUGUCGCAGCCCAGCUUUUCCAGGCUGGCGCGACUGCAGCGAUGAUGCGGGCUGCGCAGCUCGUGGGGCGGGUGCCGCUGCCCCCCCCGCGGGGCCUCCUCUGCCGACUGGCGCCGACGCGCUCCUGUCCCCGCUGGGAGCGGGCGAUUUCGAGCGUCCUGGGGUCGCACCUGGCCUCCAAGCGCGUCUGGCUGACCUCGUGGUCCGCCGCCGUUUCGAGUCCGUGGAGGAGGCGCUGCUAGAGCGGCGCGACGUGGCCGGCCUGGAGCUCCUCCGCGACCUGCGGGCACCGGGCACCGACCAUGGAUGGUUGUGGGAAUUCUCCGUGGCGCGGGCGCUUCGCCGCGCCGUCCCUCGCCCGUCUUAUGUGCUCACCGCUGCUGCCUUUGCCCGGCUGACGGCGCUCGACGUGGGCAUCGUGGUGCCGCGCGCGGCUAGGCCGUGCGAGAACGCCGCUGCGGCUUACGUUAACGGCAAGGUCGGCAAGAACGCGCCGCACCUGCCAGCGCUCGCUGCUGACGGGGUUGCCUACCGUCCCGUCUGGGCGACGUGGGGCCGCCCGCGCGAGGACGUGUCGGCCGCGGUCGCGCCCAUGGCGGCCGCGGCAGGGAGGCGUCUGGGCGCGCCUUUGCACGCGCUCCCCACGCGGGCCCGCGCCGCCAUUUGCGCUGCGAUCUGGCACCGAGCGGCGCGCAUGGUUGCUGCAAGCGGCCCGCUGCUCGCCCGAGAGGACGUUGGCGCCCUCCUGCUGGGGGCCUGGGCCGCCCACGCAGGUGACGCCGACGACGCCGCCUCCGACGUGGACCCGCCGGUGGAGCCGCCCCCGGCGGUGCUCUCUGACACCUGUUCGCCCGUCGCCUCCUGCCCGGCGUCGCCCGCCUGCCCUGCCCGCUUGUCCUCCGCCCUUGACUUGAUUUUUUUCGUGGGCACGACAGGGCCGGUGGGGUGCGUGGCGUUGGCGGAGGCACUGCCUGGCGCGGCGGGCAAGGCGCUGGCCGGCCCCGAGGACGGGGACGACUUGACUAGCGAGAUGCCCGGCUUCCACGGCUACCAGGUGAUGCAGGACUCUACAGCGGCUGCGGCUGACGCCGCUGAGUCCGUGGCGCACAACCCGACCCGCAUGGUGCUGCUGGCGAUGUAUCAGAAAAGGGGUGCUAUCACGGUGUGUGAGUUCUACAAACGAGGCCUGGUCAACACAAUCUUUAUGGUAUUUGGGUGGUAUGAGCCAGAAUGGUGGCUCGAUGACCCAGACCUCCAUGAUUGCACCCCGGAGCAGAUGACGGAGAUGGUCACAGGUUACAUAUCCGCCAACGUUCUCUUCUGGCGAUCCGAUCGAGACCAGCGGCUUUCCUGUUCCGACAACAUGACCGCAGGGGACUUUCGCCACGAGUGGGAACAGCGUCAAG